UUUUAGUAAACCUUACCGUCCAAAAGUUAUAGGUUUGCGUUUCUGAGCCCAGUGCGAUUCCAUAUCGGAGUCACAUGGCGUUGACACAGAAGGCGCGCAAAGGGUUUACUUAUUUUCCUCUAUGGCAUCAGAUCAGCGUUUUUAUUCCUCCGAAACAGAUCAACCUGAAUGAUAGAAAUUAGAAAAAGGUGCAAUUCCUUUUAGAAGUCUGUUGGACAGCCAUUUUCUUUGAUGAUGAUCAAUGUCUGAAUUCUGGAACAAUUGCCAGCCUUUUGAUUGCUCAAAGACACUUGUAUUUCCAUUGGAGCAUUACGAAACCCAGUCGUGGGAUCACUGAUCCCAUAAAAAUGACAGACACUCCGCCUGAGAAAAAACAGAAGAUUGGGGAUGUCCUCACUACUGGGGAUAACACAGAAGGUAUUGAGAUCCUACGACAGAAGUUGCACGAGUGGGGUCAUUGGAUGUAUUAUUACCAAACUUUUAACAAGGAGUUGGAUUAUAAGCCUCAGUAUCAAAUGCAUGUCGUGUUAGCAUCAGAAUUUGAUGCAAAGUGCUCAUUCUAUUCAAGCAAUUUCAGUUUCUCAAUGGAUCCAGUGAUAAUUGGGGGGGUGAAACCCUGCUCCUAUUCUGAGCUGGAAAGCAUAACUGAUUUCAAGGUGCCCUGUACCCCGUGUUUGAAGGCGUAUGUAAGACGAUUGUUCAGUGGAACCAUUGACAAGGGCUUCGAGAAACGACCAGUGAUUGUAAAAACAUGGGAUUUUCCCUUUGUUGGUGGAUAUUACUUUUAUAACGUGCCAGAUAAAUUUUGUGAUCUGAUCGAGUUUUACACAGACCCUGAAGUAAGAAACCAUCCAAAUUUGGCGAAGUUAUCUAUGUACUGCUACGAAAAAAGGCUAGCAGCUGUCUUCGACGAGAAAUUUACAGUUCUCUUGUCUGAAAUGCUUCUCGAUGAUGAGUUUGGGUGGCAUGAUCGGAUAUGGGUGGCAACUCAACUCGCAGAACUCUUGGCAUGGUUGCAUCGAAGGAGGAUUGCAGUUGGCUCAGUUGAAGGUUCAAGUAUUAUGGUAGAUGAGGAAAUGAAUAUAAAGGUGCUUGGAUUUGGCUGUGUUUCUCGUCACAUAGAUGAAGAUUCCAAACUUCCAGUGAGUAAAACUUAUUAUAGAGAGGCUUAUGAAGUUCUUUAUGGAGGUGUAAGGAUGAUGAAAUCUGAUGUUUUUGUAUUCGGGAUUCUACUAGUGGAGCUGAUAGCAAAAAAGAAAUACAGUUUUGAAAUGAGGCCACACAAUAUAAUAGAGGAUGCGCAGGUUAUGGCUGCAAAUGGCAAAAAGGGGUUGGUUCAUGAGUCAUUCAAAGAGGUCAAUGAUGACACAGCCAAGAAGAUUACGGACUUCACACUUUCCUGCUUGGAUGAGGAACCAACGAACAGGCACAAGAUGGCAUAUGUUUUUGAGUUUCUCGCUAAUUUGAGAGGAAUGAGCAACUGUAGUGUUUAAAGAAUGUGUCUGCAUCUAUCUUCGUGUUUUCUUCAUUUCCAUUGUUUUCAGUUUUCACUGCAUCUUGUCUUUGCAAUUGAAGUUUGUGUAGUUCUAGUGUACUUUGAGUACUUGCACCUUAAAAUCAAACACUUGAGAGAAUUGGGCAACUGUAGACUGUAGUAUUUAAAGAAUGUGUCUGCAUCUACCUUCGUGUUUUCUCCAUUUCCACUGUUUUUACUUUUUACUGCAUCUUCUCUUUGCAAUUGAAGUUUGUAUAGUUCU